AUGGCGCCCGCAAAGCCAUCGUCCGGAAAGGACAGCUACUCGGUGAUCCUGCCGACCUUCAACGAGCGCCAGAACCUGCCCAUCAUCACUUGGCUGCUGAACCGCACUUUUACCGAGAACAACCUCGACUGGGAACUCGUCAUCGUCGACGACGGCUCCCCCGACGGCACACAAGACGUAGCGCGCCAACUCGAAAAAGCCUACGCCCCGCACGUGCAACUCCAAUCGCGCUCCGGCAAGCUCGGUCUAGGCACCGCCUACGUGCACGGCCUCAAGUUCGCGCGCGGCAACCACAUCAUCAUCAUGGACGCCGACUUCAGCCACCACCCGAAAUUCAUCCCGCGCAUGAUCGCCCUGCAGAAGCAGCACGACUACGACAUCGUCACGGGCACACGGUACGCCGGCGACGGCGGCGUGUACGGGUGGGACCUGAAGCGGAAGUUGACGAGUAAAGGGGCGAAUAUCUUUGCGGAUACGGUGCUGCGCCCUGGGGUGAGUGAUUUGACGGGGAGUUUUAGGCUGUAUAAGCGGAGUGUGCUGGAGAAGUUGUUUGAGAGCACAGAUGCGCGCGGGUUUACGAUGCAGAUGGCUCUGGCGGUUACCGCGAAGGCGAAGGGGUACAGUAUUGGGGAGGUGCCGAUUUCGUUUGUGGAUCGGGUCUAUGGGGAUAGUAAGCUGGGUGGGGAGGAGAUCGUGGAGUAUGCGAAGGGGGUGUUGCAGCUUUGGUGGACGAUUUAG